GCCCAAAUUGUUGGCCACCUCUGAGCAUUAAAUUUCCCUUUGCCUUCUUCUCCUACAAUUCCCUUCGCCUCCCUUCCUCCCCUUUCCGCUCACAUCAUUUUAUUUCCUUUUUCUUUUUUUUUUCCCUGUUUCAGAAAAUGGAAAAAAAGGAAAACGACGUGAAUAUUGAUGAAACCCUAAUGGAAACAGAGAAAGAAAAAGACGGAGAACGAAUCGAUAACCUUCCGUCUGAGGAAUUUCCCGACGAGUUCCAAUGUUGCGUUUGCCUGGAACUCUUAUACAAGCCUGUUGUAUUAGCCUGUGGCCACCUAUCAUGCUUCUGGUGUGUCUACAGUGCAAUGAAUCAUUUUCAUGAGUCCCACUGUCCUAUUUGUCGUUGCCCAUUCAAUCAUUUCCCAAGUAUCUGUCAAUUGCUGCACUUUUUGCUCAUGAAGUUGUAUCCUAUAGCCUACAAGAAAAGGGAAAGACAAGUGCAAGAAGAAGAGAAGAGAGCCGGCCACUUCUCACCUCAAUUUGAUCAAAAUUUAUUUGCACCACAGUUUACAGAGAAUUCUGAUAUUUUGGGGAAUAACAAUACCCUUGCUCAUCUCCAAACAGACUUGUAUUCAGAAAGUUGUUCUAAAAAUGGGGAAUCAUCCUCAUUCAGGGAUUCACCAAAAUCAACUGUGCAGGAUGAAAAUGGCAAACCAAUUAAACUGGCAACACCUUUGAAGAACCCUGAAGAUGCUGCAAAUGCUCCCAACCAAGGAAGUAGUUGUAUCAGAAAUGAUUUUGAACAUAGAGAUCAAAAGAAGGUUUCUGUUGGUGAUUUACUCUGUCCUGCAUGCAAGAGGCUGCUCUUUCGACCAGUGGUUCUCAAUUGUGGCCAUGUAUAUUGUGAAUCUUGUUUUGUUAUUCCAAAGGAUGAAAUCCCUAGGUGUCAAGUUUGUCAAAGCUUGCAUCCAAAUGGAUUUGCAAGUGUUUGUUUAAUUCUACACCAUUUCUUGGAGGAGCAGUUUCCUGAGAAAUAUUCAGAAAGACAAGGGGCCUUACUCAAAAAAGACAAUUGUUCAAUACAAACUGAACGACAUGCCAACCGGACAACAUCAAUUGCUACUGAUAUCUACUCAUCAUGGUUUUUGGGCAAUGGACCAAAAGUUCAUGUUGGAGUGGGCUGUGAUUAUUGUGGGAUGUCUCCAAUAAUCGGGGAGAGAUACAGAUGCAAAGACUGUGUGGAGGAAAUAGGUUUUGACCUAUGUGAAUCAUGCUACAAAUCUCCCGUUAAGAUCCUGGGCCGAUUUAAUCAGCAGCAUAAACCAGAACAUGAGUUUGAAAUUGUACAGCCUUUAAGCAUAAGUGACAUUUUAUUCAGGAUGAACUCGGAACAAUCCAAUGAGGAGGGCUCAGAUACUCCGGAACAUAUGGAUGAUGCUUCCCAUAUUCCUACCUUGUCAGCUGGUGUUCAACCAGAUCAAGGUGACAGUUCUCAAGAGCCUGAAGAUAUUUCUCCUACUUUGAUUUUAUCCGUCGAUGUUUCAUUGGAUCAAGAGGAUGACUCUGAUGAUCCUGGUGAUAAUAUUUCAUCAAAUAUGACUUAAUGCUAAAAGACAAUUGCGCCGUUGAUAA